CACUGUUUUUAUUCUAGAUAUUUGAAAAGAUGAUCGACCUGAAUUUCGCUGAAUCAACUCGUCAGAAAAUCAACGAUAACAAGACUUAUAACAAUGCGAGUUACUAUGGUGGAUUUUUUGCUGAGGAUAGUGGAAGUACCACUCAUGCAUCGAUUCUAGCACCAAAUGGUGACGCUGUGGCGAUUACAUCAACUAUCAACUUGUAUUUUGGCAGCAAAUUUCGCAGUAGAGUUACAGGUAUUAUCAUGAAUAACCAAAUGGACGACUUCUCAACCCCAGGAGAAAAGAACUUCUUUGGUGUGCCUCCUUCUCCUGCUAACUACAUCAAACCGAAGAAAAGGCCUUUCUCUUCGUCUUCCCCUAUCGUAAUCUUGAACAAAAAUGGUGCUGUGCGUAUGGCGACUGGUGCAUCGGGGGGAACUACUAUAACAACAUCAACUGCCCUGGCUGUGAUUAAUUACUUGUGGUUCGGUCGUACGCUCUCACAGGCCGUAGAUGAUCCAAGGGUUCACCAUCAACUGAUACCGAUGUAUGUUCUGCGUGACGCAAUGUUUCAAUUUGACCCAGAGAUCGUCGACGGCCUUAAAAGGCUUGGCCACACAUUCAGUGAUAAAAAUUUUACAGCCGUUGUACAAGCUGUUGCUAAGGGAGACGAUGGGCUUCUCUACGGAAAGUCAGAUCCACGAAAGGGUGGUCACUCAGCUGGUUUUUAACAAAUCGGUCAUGCGCGUUUGUGGCAUUUCGUAAAACAUACGUGAUUGAUUCAAUGUUGAAUAUUGAAGGUGUGCAAUCAAAGUUUGAUAUAAUGAUUGCUUGAUUCACUUAUACAGUAAAAMYCCGCGUAUAAGAAAACCUUUUUUGGCGGUUCAUGCUGAUUUAGUUCUUAUAUAAAGGGUUAUAAUCUGCAAAAUCAGCAAGGMGAAAUAUACAAUUCCAAAAGAGRGAACUUAGACWCGGGCGAGCACGWGUACUACAUKUUAACAUGAUAUCUCGCGUGUYAAUUCCUUGUCUAUAUUAUACGAAAUGUAUUUCAAAGGAAAUGACGUAAACAAAUAAAAAUCCGKCAGAAAUCCCUGGAGAAAAAUACAAAGAAAUAACUGAAAGUGACUCCCGUUAAUUACGGACUUACUCUCGCUACUGCGGACACUAAACUACGGUUCGAGGGUGUCCGUAAUAGCGAGACUGAGUUGAUUGCAAUAUACAUGUAGGUGUACACAAACCUUUUUGAGCAAUGCUCCAGAGAAGAUCAUUGAUUUCUUAAGUGUUCUUAAAAAAAGUUUCUUAAAAUAAGGAACAUUCUAGGCUGCCAAUAGAUGAAAUUUAUAUGUACACAAUUUUAAAUAAUCAAUACAAUAUUAAUAUUUUGUUACAUAUAAUUGGAUUUGGAACUAUUAUGUUUGCAAUGAAAAGUAGUGUUGAUAUUUGAUAUUUUUCCAUAUAAGAACAACUUUUAUUUUUCAGGCUGAAUGURUUCUUAUAUAAAUGGUACUUUUUAUUUCCUAAAAUCAUGCUUGAGUGUUCUUAAUCCACUUGUUCAUAUACGCGGGUUUUUACUGUACUUCUUUUUUUGCUCGAGAUCAAUUCAGAAAAUGGCGGACAAGUUCUGAACAGCUGCUGUCUUGAUUGUCUUGCACUUGUUCCGCAAGAGCUUACUCGAACAUUCGGCGCUYAGGAGUUAUUUCAUUUUUUUUGUUGGAUAACAAUUAGUUCUAGUCGUACAUUUUUUACAGUUAAGUUAUUUUAGACCAUCAGCCCAUAACUUUUCCAAGUUGAUAUGUUGAUGUGUGGGUUGGACGGUUUUUCGUUCUCAAAUUUCGUCACUUAUAUUGUGAUUUUUGUAAUAAAAUGAUUUAACAAUCACCAA